UUUUUUUAAUUUUAAGUAAAAUGAAAAUAUUUAUUUUAUUAUUUUUAUUCUUUUUAACAACUCCUUCACUAAUAUCUGCCUGUUUUUCUUCCGGAAAUCCUGCUAAGGGCAACCCAGAAACUGAGAAGCUUGCAGAAAAACCAACACCCCCAAUAAGAACAACAAUCAAAGCAACCACAAAUCAGAAUAAAUUAAAUGAUAAAAGUGAGAAUGAGGUCAUUCCUACAGAAAAAGUUGAUCAAAGUUUUGAGGUUGAUAAAGACUUUGUUUUGGAUUAUUUAAAAGAAUUUGGACAUUUGCCAAAAGAAACGGGAGCAAAAGUAGAAAAUAUAACUGAGGAGCUUGAAUAUGGAAUUAAGCACUUUCAAGAAUUUAUGAAUAUUCCACCCAAGGGAAUAAUUGAUUUGCCUACAUUGGCAAGAAUGAGUUGGAAACGUUGUGGAAAUUUAGAUAAACCAAUUAAUGAUCCUCAUAUUUGGGAAAAAACUUCUCUCAAUUGGGCAAUUAAUAAUUAUUCUAACACUGGAUUCCCAAUUUCAUUGCAACAAUUAAGAGGCCUAAUUAAACAAGCAUUCAGUGCAUGGGAAAUUGUUAUAGCCAUAGACUUUAUGGAAGUUGAAAAUAUUAAUGACGCAAAUAUUUUAUUUUCAUUUGAUGAAGCUAAUGAAAACCAAUCAAAGACUGGGCUUGGAAUAGCAACUGGAACAGCUGGACCUUUAAGCAAUAUUUGGUUAAGUAAAAGCCAAAAUUGGGAUCCAAAUUCUGUAAUGUUUCCAAUGCUCGAAAGAAGUACAGGGGAGCAAUUACCAGUUAUCUCCAGUGAUGAUGUUACUAGAUUAAGGGCCCUUUAUGAAACUUUUCUCCCUGCCGAAUUGGACAAAACAUCUCAAAAGUAUAAUUCAAUGGCAACACCCAGAAGCUUGCCCUCUCGUCCUGCUGGCAAGGAUAUGGCAGAAGUAUGUCCACACACAAUUACUGCUGCUACUAAUGUUUUGCCUGGAAUGGUUGUUGCUUUCAAUGGACAAUAUACUUGGACAAUCAAGAAGGGUAAUAUCACGAGUGGACCAACUUUAAUAAGAGACAGAUUCCCAGAUGCCCCAGAGUUUAUCAAUGCUAGUUUCAGCACAAGUACAAUAACAAUAUUAAUUCAAGGUCAUACAUUGUUUGGUUAUAAUUAUGAUGAAAAACAUGACAAAUUUACCCGUGCCAAAACCUACCCAAAAAUGUUACAUAAUCGAAUCCUUUUUUAUCCGACUGGCGCUUUUCCUCUUUUAAAUGAAAGCAUUAUUUUAAUUAAUGGUAAAGUAUAUGCUACCUAUAAUGUUAUUAAGAAUGAACCACAUAUGCUUGGAAAUUUGGAAGAACUUUAUCCAAAUUUACCCGAUGGACUUUUAUCUGGUAUCCCAGCAACACCAGAUUUCUCUCUAUAUUAUAUGCUGACUGCAAACCUAUCCUUUGUUUACAACACACAAACAUUCCGAUUAGUAAGUACCCAAACAAUCGGGCAAUUUAUUGAAUGUGAAAAAACGGGUGUUAAUCUGCUUUUACAACAAUUUAAUUCUUUUAAUGCUCCAAUACCACCACAAUUUAGAAAUGAAUUCCCUCAGCAUCAUAAUAGUCCACGGCUUACGUAA